UUCGAUUUGGGUCUGUCUAGGCGCCUGCAGCUAGAGCUGCCUGCAUGGAAAUGUAACUGGAGCAGGCGUAGAAUAAUUUUCCGAAAUGUGUUCAAUGCAGGCCUGAAGAUAAAAAGAAAGAAAUCAAACGCGGAAAUCAGAACGGGCCCAAUAAAAGCCAAGACAAACGCUAAAUAAAAAAAAAAAACAAUGAUUGCCACCACUCACAACUGCGCAAUAUAAUAUUAUCCAUAUAAAUAUAUUUAUAUUUAUAUAAUAUACAUAUGCAUAUGUAUAUAUAUCCACCACAUCGACAUCGAUACAUCUGGAGCACUAACUUUCAUCCAGCAUCAAACAUAAAAAAUAUGCCCCGGCAGCUUCUACUGCUGCUGCUGGCCCUCAUCCUGGUCGCGCUGCCAGCCGCCAAAGCGCAAUAUCAAUCGCCUCGCAUCAUCGAGCAUCCCACGGAUCUGGUAGUAAAGAAAAAUGAGCCCGCAACACUCAAUUGCAAGGUGGAGGGCAAGCCGGAGCCCACCAUCGAGUGGUAUAAGGAUGGCGAACCAGUCAAUACCAAUGAGAAGAAAUCGCAUCGUGUGCUGUUCAAGGAUGGCGCCCUAUUCUUCUACCGCACCAUGCAGAGCAAGAAGGAGCAGGACGGCGGCGAAUACUGGUGUGUGGCCAAAAACCACGUGGGCAAAGCCGUCAGUCGGCAUGCCUCGCUCCAAAUAGCUGUUUUGCGCGACGAUUUUCGCGUGGAGCCGAAAGACACGCGCGUGGCCAAAGGCGAAACGGCGCUGCUCGAGUGUGGGCCGCCCAAAGGCAUACCAGAGCCGACCAUUAUCUGGAUGAAGAAUGGCGUGCCGCUCGAUGACCUGAGCUCGAAACCUUUUGGCACCAGCUCUCGUGUGCGCAUUGUGGAUGGCGGCAAUUUGCUGAUCAGCAAUGUGGAGCCAAUCGAUGAGGGCAACUACAGGUGCAUUGCCCAGAAUCUGUUGGGCUCGCGCGAAUCCAGCUAUGCCAAGCUGAUUGUACAGAUCAAGCCGUUCUUCAUGAAAGAACCCAAGGAUUUGACUAUGGUCUAUGGCCAAACAGCUACGUUCCAUUGCUCUGUUGGUGGUGAUCCGCCACCGAAGGUGCUCUGGAAGAAGGAGGAGGGCAACAUACCAGUAUCCCGUGCGCGUAUUCUGCACGACGAGAAGAGCCUCGAGUUGAGCAACAUAACGCCCAACGAUGAAGGCACCUAUGUCUGUGAGGCGCACAACAAUGUGGGGCAGAUCAGCGCCAGAGCAACGCUCACCGUGCAUGCGCCACCAAAUUUUUCGAAGAAGCCCACAAAUAAGAAAGUCGGUCUCAAUGGCCAAGUGCAGCUGCCUUGCGUGGCCACUGGCAACCCGCCACCAUCUGUGUUCUGGACCAAGGAGGGCUUGUCCACGCUUAUGUUCCCAAACAGCACCCAUGGACGUCAACACAUUACAGCGGAGGGCACGCUGCAGAUCAGUGAUGUGCAGCAGGAUGACGAGGGCUUCUAUGUGUGCUCCGCUUUCAGUGUGGUUGACUCUUCCACUGUGCGCAUCUUUCUGCAGGUCAGCACGGUGGACGAGCGCCCACCACCCAUCAUUCAAAUUGGACCCACAAAUCAAACACUGCCCAAGGGCUCAGUGGCCACAAUGCCCUGCCGAGCCACGGGAAAUCCUACGCCACGUGUUAAAUGGUUUCACGACGGCUAUGCGGUGCAGACGAGCAAUCGCCACAGCAUCGUGCAGGGCAGCUCCCUCAGAGUGGAUGACCUUCAGCUAAGCGAUUCUGGUCUAUAUACAUGCACUGCCACCUCGGAACGCGGUGAAUCCUCUUGGUCUGCUACCCUGACGGUGGAGAAGAGUAGCUCUGCAACGCUGCAUCGUAUAGCAGAUCCCAGCACCUAUCCCGCACCUCCAGGCACGCCAAAAGUGAUCAAUGUCACACGCACCAGCAUCUCGCUGCGCUGGGCCAAGAGCCAAGAGAAGCCAGGCGCCGUUGGACCUAUCGUAGGAUAUGCUGUGGAGUACUUUAGUCCCGAUCUGCAGACGGGUUGGAUCGUAGCCGCUCAUCGUGUGCCCGACACCCAAGUAACGAUCUCAGACCUGACAUCUGCCACAGCGUAUGUGUUUCUGGUGCGGGCAGAAAAUUCACAGGGUGUGUCCGUGCCUUCAGGCCUAUCGAAUGCUAUAAAAACCUUGGGCGAGGACUUUGAUGUGACGCCGUCCAACGAGUUGUCUGCAGCGCGCACGCUGCUGACGGGCAAAGUCGUGGAGCUUAUCGAUGCGUCCGCUGUAAAUGCCAGCGCCGUGCGCUUGGAUUGGAUGCUUCAUGUGAGCGCCAAUGAGAAAUUUGUUGAGGGUCUGCACAUUCGCUAUCGGGAUGCUAGCUCCCACUUGACGCAAUACAAUGUCAUCACAGUGCUUGAUGCCGGAGCGGAGUCCCAUGUGGUGGCCAAUUUGCGAAAAUAUACGAAGUACGAAUUCUUUCUGACGCCCUUCUUCGAAACCAUCGAGGGCCAGCCAAGCAACUCGAAACUGGUCACAACCUUUGAGGAUGUGCCCUCCGCACCGCCGGAUAAUAUACAAAUUGGCAUGUACAAUUUGACUGCUGGCUGGGUGCGGUGGACGCCGCCGCCAGCACAGCACCACAACGGCAAUCUGUAUGGCUACAAGAUUGAGGUUAGCGCUGGCAACACCAUGAAAGUGUUGGCCAACAUGACGUUGAAUGCGACGACCACAUCGGUGCUACUCAACAAUCUUACCACAACGGCCGUUUAUAGCGUGCGACUCAAUGCGUUUACCAAGGCCGGCGAUGGACCUUACUCAAAGCCUAAAUCUUUGUAUAUGGAUCCUACUUAUCAUGUGCAUCCACCGCGUGCCCAUCCCAGUGGCACACACGAUGGCCGUCAUGAGUCUGGCAACGAUUUUACUUACCACACCAAUGGCAUGGUCAAUACGGAGCCUAAUAACGCCAAUCCUACGACACAUCGCAAAAACACAGCAUUUCCCCAAGGCACCUGGGUAAUGGUGCUGGUCAUCAUUAUACUUCUCGUUGUGGUGGUGUCCACAGCAACAGCCAUGGUUUACUUUAAGCGGCGGCAUCAAAUGACCAAAGACCUUGGUCAUCUGAGCGUGGUAAGCGCCAAUGAGAUAACCGCACUGAACAUCAACAGCAAGGAGAGUCUGUGGAUAGAUCGCGGCUGGCGCACGACGGACACGGACAAGGACUCGGGUCUGAGCGAAUCAAAACUACUGUCCCAUGUCAACAGCAGCCAGUCCAACUACAAUAACUCGGAUGGCGGCACCGAUUAUGCCGAAGUGGACACACGCAACCUGACCACGUUCUACAACUGUCGCAAGAGUCCCGAUAAUCCUACACCCUAUGCCACGACCAUGAUCGUGGGCACCUCUUCCAGCGAAACCUGCACCAAAACCACCUCGCUAAGCGCUGACAAGGAUUCGGGCACACAUUCACCCUACUCGGAUGCAUUCACGGCACAGAGCGCUGCAGCUGCUGCUGCGGCUGCUGCUAGCAACAAGUCGAACUAUUUGCAAUAUCCUACAGAAUCGAUUAAUUGGUCAGAGUUCUUGCCACCACCGCCGGAACAUCCGCCGCCGCUGUCCUCCAACUAUGGUUAUGCGCAGGGCUCGCCUGAAUCCUCGCGCAAGAGCUCUAAAAGCGCCGGUUCGGGCAUUUCCACCAAUCAAAGCAUUUUAAAUGCCUCUAUACACAGCAGCUCGUCGGGUGGCUUCUCUGCCUGGGGCGUUUCGCCGCAGUGCGCCGUCGGCGCCUGUCCCCAGGAGGAUCUGUACAGCAAUCCGCUGAGUGCUAUGGGCGGCACACAAAAUCGCUACCAGAUUACGCCCACCAACCAGCAUCCGCCGCCAUAUCCGCCCUGUUUUGGCACCAAUGGCGCCGGCGACAUGGCUUCCCGCAACAUACAUAUCCACUAUCCCACACAGCGACAUGCCGUCAGCGAGUACCAGGCCGGCUUGAAUGCGACGCGCUGCGCCAACAACAACAGAGCCUGCAAUAGCUGCGACGCUCUGGCCUCGCCCAUGCAGCCACCGCCGCUGCCGCCGCCAGCGGAGGGCUGGUACCAGCCGGUGCAUCCCCAUGGCAGUCAGAUGCAGCCCACAGCCUCCAGUCACCAAAUCUAUCAAUGCUCCUCUGAGUGCUCGGACAACUCGCGAGCCUCACAUGGCCACAGCAAGCGACACCAGCAACAGCAGCAGCAACUUCAUUCCGACAGCAGGGCCGAGCACAGCAGCAGCAAGCGAUCCGGCCAGCGUCGACAAGCUGCACAUCUUGCCCAGCAGCAACAGCAGCAACAGAACUCCUGCGCGGAGAGUGAGAACGAGAACAUGCUGUCGGGCUAUGAGCUGCAUCAACGCACUUAUACGAGCGACUGCUGCAACAGCUCACGCGAGGGCGACACCUGCUCCUGCAGCGAGGGCUCCUGCCUGUACGCCGAGGCUGGGGAUCCCAUGGGACCGGCUCCACGCCUCAUGACUGCUAAAAAUACUUAAACUGGUUGGCUAGCGUAUUUACAUAAAGGUCCGAUGGGGAUUGGGUCUUGCGUAGUAUUAAUAUAGCAUCUAGUCCAAAAUUUCAUUCAUAUCGAUCCUAGCACACGAUACUAUACAGCAUUUUAUAUAACUAGAACUGUGCUGCGCCCGCGCCCCCCAAACAUAUAAUACGCAAAAUCUUACGAAACCGAAUACGUACAUACACUCACAAAAAAGCAGAACAAGAAGUAGAACUACUUAAACUACAAUCAAGGUGCACAGCUCGAAUUAUGAUCUUAACUAAUUGGUACUUUGUGCGGGCCUUAAGCAAAAUACGAAUUUUAGAUAUUACAGAAAAACACUCAAUAAAAACCUGCACCGAGCGAAAGAGAGAUCCCUAAAUAAUGUACUUAAGAAGUGAAUGCUGUAUGAUAUGCUUCCGAAAAACAAAGAGAAAAGGAAAAGGAAAACAACUCGAUAAAUUGCUAAACACGAAAUACGUACUCAAAAAAGAAUAAUAACAGUCAGGCCAUAGCAAGUACCAUAAAUAACACUUUUGAUAAAUCCAGAACUAGUUAGAUAUAAACAAUAUGUAUACAGUUAGAGUUGGCUGGCCCCUAGUCAUAGGCUUGAAUUAACGUUAGUAACAUGUACUCACAAAACUCUUUCAUAUCUACGAUCACAAUCGAGCGUUUAUCAACUAUGUUCCCUGAUUUUGCAUUUACAUACUAUAUAGAGAAGGAAAUUACGAAGACGACGUUUAGAUUGAGAACAAUGAACGGCAGUUGCAAUGUUUAAUGGUUAGUGCUUUUCUAUAAAACUGAAAACUAAAAAAAAAACAAAAAACAAAGAAAUACUUCAAAUAAUAACGACUUGACCUAGUGCUUAGUAAAACUUAAACUCUAAUUACUACUUAUUAUGCUUAAUAGGCAGCAUAUACAUAAAUAGCUAAAGCCAACACUUCGGUGCCAUCGAAGACAACCUCCACACACACACUCACACACACAUAUACAUACAUACAUACAAACAAGACACUGUCCGAUCUUUAACCUGUUUAGACCCCUUUCACCCUCCGGCCGUUCGCCUUUGUGUGGGGGCUCUCCAUAACGUACAUACAUUUUUACAAGCUUGCAUUUGAAAAAAGUCUAAAAUGUACCUGUGAUAUAUAUAACCCCAUUAAAGUAUUUUAAUAUUAUUAA